AUGAGUGCCCAGGAUUCGAAAAGCAUGCAAUUUUUCUCUGAAAUGCUUAAAAUUGCUGUUCUCCUUGCCGUUGUGGCUGUGAGCUCUUCUCUGAGCAUCGUUCGUCUCCCACCAGUGGACCCAACAGUGGACCCACCAGUGGAUCCAAUCGAACCAACUAUCGAUGUACCAUUGCCAUGGUACCCAUGGUACCCGUGUUACCCAUAUUAUCCAAUGCCACUGGAAGGACUGGAGGAAUCAAAAAAGCAAUGA